GCAACGCUUAUCACAGAGUGACACUGCAGUGGAACCUGCCGGGAGCUUGAAGCCGCUAGGUCUCACUUGGUCUUGCUGAUCGAUCGCUGCCGUCGGGCCACACAGCUUGUCACAGCCCCAUCCACCCCUGCGAUUGUUACAUCGAUCGUCGCUUUCCCCGCUACUGACCGUCCCUGUCGACCCCCUAUUGCGUUAUCGGCUGCUCCCAGCUCCCAAGGUAGCCCUGACCUCUGGCACAGAUAAAGCCAGGAUGAUCCCCGAUCACCGGUGCUUCCCCUUCUGCAACUUGUGUUCUUCGGGCGUUGCUACUUCUCGCAAUGCCCUCCCUCACGUCGCUGCUCGGCCUCUCCGCGGGCCUAGUCAGCCUUGUCGCCGGCCAGUACUUUCCUCCGUCUCCUGAGGGCGUGAAGGUCGUCCACUCCAAACACCAGAAGGGUGUUACAAUUUCGUAUAAAGAGCCUAAAAUCUGCGAAACAACCCCAGGCGUCAAAUCCUACUCGGGGUAUGUCCAUCUACCAUCAGGCACUCUCAACGAUCUUGGUCUGGAUCAGCAGUAUCCAAUCAAUACCUUCUUCUGGUUCUUCGAGUCCCGGAACGACCCGCGCAAUGCGCCUUUGUCGAUAUGGAUGAAUGGCGGGCCUGGAAGCUCGUCUAUGAUCGGUCUGAUGCAGGAGAACGGGCCGUGUCAGGUCAAUGGCGACUCGAAUUCCACCGAGUUGAACCCGUGGUCCUGGAACAACUACGUCAAUAUGCUCUACAUCGACCAACCGAACCAAGUUGGUUUCAGCUAUGAUGUGCCGACGAACGGGACAUAUGACCAGCUCUCAGGCGAGCGCGAAGUUUCGCCUGAUGGGUUUGAGAAUGGUGUCCCCAAGCAGAACAGCACGUUCUAUGUCGGGACAUUCCCGAGUUUGAAUGCGUCGACGUCGGCGAAUACGACUGAGAACUCGGCUCGGGCGCUUUGGCACUUUGCACAGACUUGGUUCUCGGAGUUCCCGGCGUAUAAACCCCGUGAUGAUCGGGUUAGUAUUUGGACUGAGUCGUAUGGUGGGCGCUACGGGCCGGCGUUCACUGCGUUCUUCCAGGAACAGAAUGAGAAGAUCGCGAAUGGCUCGCUUACGGAACCUGGGGAGUCGCAUUAUAUUCAUCUGGAUACGCUUGGGAUUAUUAAUGGUUGUGUGGACUUGCUUGUCCAGGCACCAUCGUACCCUGACAUGGCGUACAAUAAUACCUACGGGAUUGAGGCAAUUAAUGAAACCGUGUACGACCAGGCAAUAGAGGCAUGGAGCAAGCCGGGUGGCUGCAAGGACCAGAUUACGAGAUGCCGCCGUCUUGCAAAGGAGGGCGACCCUCAUAUGUACGGCAACAAUGCGACUGUGAACAAGGCUUGUCAAGAAGCGGACUCAUACUGCAGUAACACUGUCGAGGGUCCCUACAUUCUAUACUCUGGCCGAGGCUACUACGACAUUUCGCACUUCGACCCGGACCCUUUCCCCCCACCUUAUUACCUGGGUUACCUGAGCCAGAACUGGGUCCAGAAAGCUCUCGGCGUCCCGAUCAACUUCACCGAGUCCGUCGACAGUGUUUACACCGGCUUCUCGAGCACCGGCGAUUACCCACGCUCCGAUGUCCGAGGAUACCUCGAAGACAUUGCAUACGUGCUUGACUCGGGCAUCAAGGUGGCCCUCGUUUACGGCGACCGCGAUUAUGCAUGCCCCUGGAACGGCGGCGAAGAGGUAAGUCUGCAGGUCGACUACAGCAAUGCAGACAAAUUCCGCGCCGCGGGGUACGCACCGCUGCAGACGAACGCCUCGUAUGUGGGCGGCAGAGUGCGUCAACACGGAAACUUCUCAUUCACCCGGGUGUUCGAGGCAGGACACGAAGUUCCCGCGUACCAGCCGCAGACGGCGUACGAGAUCUUCCACCGUGCGAUGUUCAACCGCGACAUUGCGACGGGGAAGAUCUCUACGAGUAAGAAUAGCACCUAUACCACCAAGGGGCCGUCUUCGACAUUUGAUAUCAAGAAUGAGGUACCCGAUAGUCCGGAGCCGACUUGUUAUAUCCUGUCUCUGUCCUCUUAUUGUACUGAUGAACAGGCUGAGAGUGUGUCGAAUGGCACUGCAGUAAUCAAGGAUUAUAUAGUGGUGGAUGAGAAUUCUCCUGGGCUUCGAGUUUGAGGGAAUCCCCUUACGUCGCGGAUAUAAAGACGACCUUCGAUCCAGCCCAGCUGCGUGUGGAUCAUGCAUGUAAAUAAAUGUCGGUGACCGUGAAUACACCAAUUGGAAUAAAUGGCGAGAUGUUAGAACCUGGAUUCCAUUAUUCUGGACGUGGGCGGGUGGAUCGCAGCUAUCCGUAACGGGCAACUGUGAGGUUCUGUAGGGUAAGGAGGUGGUAAGGCGCGGGCACUUUCAGGCACCCCCGAAAGUCCGAGUCGUCUCCCAAUCCCGCCCAAUAUAAUUAAAUCAAUGACCGUGCACGAUCUUCAUAAAGUCACAGUCUCGCAGUUC